AUGAGUGUUUUGGAUGAUGAUUCACCAUUGGAUCGGCUAAACUCGCAACGGAGGGAUAAGGCUUCUGAGUAUGAGGCCAAGAAGCAAUCUCUGUUGGUGAAGCACAACCGAGAAGUUGUGGAUCAUUUAUUGUCUACUAACUUAACAAGGCCCAUAAGAAUUACCAAAGUUCAUGUUGUGAAUGCGGAGAUGCUAAGAGAUACAUUCUUAGAGACACAAUUGGCACCGUUAUUGAACAACGAGCGGCUGGAUUUGCAUGGUCUCUUGAAAAACUUAGAUUUGACAACUUCCAAUUUUGCCAGAACAAGUACAAUCUCCAACAUAGGGGCAAUACUGGAAGUAGAUCCUACACCUUCAUUUGCCACUGUUCCCCCUAGUACGUUGAGAAUAAUUCCUGUAAUCCAAUUGGAUCCUAUCAAGCGAUUCAAUAUGAAAAUCGGCACCAAUGUUGGUAAUGGCGAAGGUGAUGGAUAUCUGUCAUUGCAAUAUAGGAAUAUCUUUGGUGGAGGAGAAUCGAUAUCCUUUGACACGAAUAUGGCAUCUAACAACCUCAAUAGUACAAGUAGAUCGACUUAUUUACUGAACUUUCAAUCUCCCAUCCUCAAUAAUGCAAAUUGGUUAGGAAGUAUUAUGGGCUAUCAUUCUUCCAAGUUAGUAGACUGGACUACAAGAAAUGAUCAAACAAUCGAAGGGAUUACCUUAAAAUCAAUCUCACAGUAUAAAUCGCCAUGGAAUUAUGAGUUUUCUCUUGAAAACACACUCCGUUCUAUUGAUCUUUUGAGCACCAAUUCACUUAACGACACUCUUUUGAUGAAUGCUGGAGAUUCAUUUAAAUCCAGUUUCAAUUUUACAUGCAAAUAUGAUACGAGAGAUGACUCGAUACUGCCAACUAAAGGUUUCCACUCUGGUGGGUCGAUAGAACUGUCCAACCUUCUCCCUUCCCUCAACUUUCAAGAGUCAAAGUUCAUUAAAUUGACGUCACACUUUCAACAUGCAUUCUCUUUUAACAAAAUUAUUUUCAAUGGUCUGUUUAAAUUUGGAUAUAUACAAUCAUUGAACCAUUCAAAUGUUCAUUUCAUGGAUAGAUUUUUCAUUGGUGGUCCUAACGAUAUAAGAGGAUUUACUUUAAAUGGAUUGGGUCCAAAGCUCUAUGGAUCUCCCAUUGGUGGUCUGGCUUUUUACGGAUUAUCUGCCAGUCUCUUUACACCUCUCCCUUUUGUCGAUUCUGAAUCUUUCAAAACUCAUACAUUCAUCAACGCAGGAAAGUUGAUUUCGGAUUCAAACUUACGAGAUCCAAGUGUUUCCAUAGGCACAGGCUUAGUAUUCAAACAUCCCAUCGCUCGAUUUGAGCUGAACUUUGUCCUACCUUUAAGUCAGAGUCACUUUGAUUCUACGAGAAAGGGAUUUCAAUACGGAGUGGGUAUAUCUUUCAUGUAA